AUGGCCUUGGUUACUGUCGAAGUAGGCGAAGCCAGAAAGGGCGAAGGUGCCCCAAGAAGAAGAGCUGCUCAAAGAGACGGAGCUAUUGAAAGACCCAUUGACUCCAAGGCAACAACGCUUCCAGAGUUUUUUGAGGAGUGUGUCAAGAGACAUGGCGACCGUAAGGCCAUGGGCUGGAGAGACUUGAAGGAGGUGCACGUGGAGACGAAAAAAGUGACGAAGAUUGUCGAUGGUGAAGAAACCAAGGUUGAUAAGGAUUGGGAGUAUUUUGAAAUGUCCUCUUACCGUUACCAGACUUACCCAGAAGUGCUUGACUUGGUUAAGCAGUAUGGUCGUGGUUUGGUGAACAUUGGCAUCAAACCUAACCAGGAGAACAAGUUGCACAUUUUCGCCUCCACCUCCCACAAGUGGAUGAAGACUUAUUUGGCCACCCAGACCCAGAACAUUCCAAUUGUCACUGCCUACGACACUUUGGGUGAGCAGGGUUUGACCCACUCUUUGGUGCUCACUGAGUCCAACGCUAUCUUUACCGACAACAAUCUUUUGAGCGCCUUGAUCAAUCCUUUAAAGAAGGCUGAAAACGUCAAGACUAUUAUCCACGCGGAGAAGAUUGACCCAGAGGACAAGCGCGCCGGCGGCAAAUUCUACCGUGAGGCUAAGGAAGCCAAGGAGAAGAUUCAGGAAAUCCGUCCGGACAUUAAGUUUGUCUCCUAUGAUGAAGUUAUUGAGGCUGGUAAGGAAAAGCCUUCCGAGAAGUUCCAGUACACUGCUAAGCCAGAAGAUGUUUCUUGUAUCAUGUUCACAUCCGGUUCCACCGGUGAUCCAAAGGGUGUCCUUUUGACCCACGCCAACAUUGUCGCUGGUGUCAGUGGUCCAUCUACUUGUGCCGGUAGAGAUUUGGUCAGUAACAAUGAUCGUGUUAUCGCAUUUUUGCCAUUGGCCCAUAUUUUCGAGUUGGUGUUCGAAGUUCUUACCUUCUGGUGGGGUGGCUGUCUUGGUUACGCCAACGUCAAGACUUUGACUGACACUUCUGUGAAGAACUGUAACUCUGACUUGCAAGAGUUCAAACCUACCAUUAUGGUGGCUGUCGCUGCUGUCUGGGAAACGGUCAGAAAGGGUAUCUUGGCCAAGGUCAAGGCUUUGCCAACCGUCACCCAAAAGAUUUUCUGGGCUUCUUACAAGGCCAAGACUGUCUUCACUAACAACAAGAUCCCAGGUGGUUCUAUCUUUGAUAUCGUUUUCAAGAAGGUUAGAGCUGCCACUGGUGGCCACUUGCACCACGUCUUGAAUGGUGGUUCCCCAGUCUCGAGGGACACUCAAGUAUUUAUUUCCACUUUGAUUGCCCCAAUGUUGGUUGGUUACGGUUUGACCGAGACUUGUGCCAACUCCAGUAUUCUUGAGCACAACCGCUUCGAGUACGGCUCUGCUGGUACCAUUGUUGGUUCUGUUACAGCCAAGUUGAUCGAUGUCCCAGAAGCUGGUUACUUUGCAAAGGACAACCAGGGUGAGGUUUUGUUGAAGGGUGCUCCAAUCUGUUCCGAGUACUACAAGAAUCCUAAGGAAACCAAGGAGGCAUUCACUGAAGAUGGCUGGUUCAAGACAGGUGAUAUUGGUGAGUGGGACUCUAACGGUGCUUUGAAGAUCAUUGACCGUAGAAAGAACUUGGUUAAGACCGCCAACGGUGAGUACAUUGCCUUGGAAAAGUUGGAGUCCAUUUACAGAUCUAACGCUGUUGUUUUGAACAUCUGUGUCUACGCUGACCAGAACAAGGUCAAGCCAAUUGCUAUUGUCAUUCCAAAUGAAGCUGCCCUUAAGACUCACCUUAAGGACGAUAAAGUCUACAGUGAUUCGGAAUUGCAGUCUAAGGAGCUCGCUACUUUAUGUCAUGACAAGAAGACCAUUAGCUCUGUUCACAAGUCCUUGGUGGCUACUGGUAAGUCGCAAGGUUUGAAGGGCAUUGAGUUGAUUCAAAACGUUGUCCUUGUUGAUGAUGAAUGGACUCCUCAGAAUGGUUUCGUUACUUCUGCCCAGAAGUUGCAGAGAAGAAAGAUCUUGGCUGAAUACAAGGAAGGUGUUGACGCUGCUUACAAAUAA